GCUCCUCUGUUUCCUUCUCUACUCAAUAGCUACUAAAGAGUCACUGCUCUCUAUAUAAAGCUAGCAGUUACAAGUCCAGAAAGACUCAGAAUCAGAAGAGAGUACAUGAGUUUCCUAUUCUGCUUCUAAGCAUUUAUUGUUACACACAUCAUUGCGUUAUAAUAAUUCAUAACAAACAAAAGCUUUCAAAUGGAGAGGUUUCAAGGACACAUCAACCCCUCUUUUGCAGAAGCUCAAAGCUUUGCCUUUAAAGAAGAAGAGGAGGAAGAAAGCAUGCAAGACACAGUUCCAUUUCUACAGAUGCUCCAAAGUGAAGAAGACCCUUUACCGUUCACAUCAUUCAAAGAACUAUUGUCUCUUCAGAACCUCCAACACCAUUGGGAACUCGAAAGCUAUCUUUCACACAAUGAAACCAACCCAGUUUCAACCUCAUCCAUGGAAGUAACCAGACAAGCUUUGUCAAGCCAAGAACUACCCUUUAGCCGACAACAAGACAUGACAGUUCCUUCUUCCUCAUCAACACCAAACUCAAGACGCAAGCGCAAAACCAUCAGCAACCCUCCUGAAGUGACUAGAGGGAAGAGGAAGAGGAGGAAAACUAAACCAAGUAAAGACAUUGAAGAGAUAGAGAAUCAAAGAAUCAACCACAUUGCCGUUGAACGUAAUCGACGGCGGCAGAUGAACGAACAUAUCAGCUCCUUACGUUCUCUUCUCCCACCUUCUUACAUCCAAAGAGGAGACCAAGCAUCUAUAGUAGGAGGAGCUAUAAACUACGCGAAGGUCCUCGAGCAAGUCAUACAAUCACUUGAGUUGCAAAGGAGAACGAAACAGAGUUGUGGAGUAGAAAACAGAGUUACUUGCGUCCCAAGAAUCGAAGCUACGUUGAUACAGAACCACGUUAACCUUAAAGUUGAGUGUCGGAAGAAACAAGGGCAGCUUCUGAAAGGAAUCGUUUCACUUGAAAAGCUUAGACUCACUGUUCUUCAUCUUAAUAUCUCGUCACUGUCUUGUUCAUCAGUCUCUUAUUGCUUCAACCUCAAGGUAACUUACUUUUUCAUUUUUAUUAAUAAACUUUUAAAUGCAAUAUUUAACGAUAUAUCACUGGAGCAGAUGGAGGAUGAUUGUAAACUAGAAUCGGCCGAGGAGAUAACGAAGGUGGCGCAUCAGAUUUUCGAUACAUAAAUUCGAUUUUUUUAUUAAAGAAUAAAAAAAACAAAAUAAAUAAAUUUUGUUUGUAUUAUUACUGGACUAUUCGAACAUGUUUUGUUAGGCUUUGGGUGUUUUGUGGGGGUUUUGGUCCCAUGUAAUUAAAGUUUGACCUCAUGUGUAUUUAUGAUAUUUAUCAUCAAUCAUGGUUUGACUUUUAUCUCUA